AAGAUGGCUCCAGAUCUAUCAAUGAUUCUUCCUAGGGUUCUAAUCGUCUCUAGAAGAACUGUUCGUAAGAACAAAUUUGUUGAUUUUGUUGGUGAAUAUCACUUAGAUCUUAUCGUGAGUUAUGGAGCAGUGCCUGUUAUAGUACCGCGAGUUAGUGGUGUACACAUGUUACUAGAAAGUUUUCAACCAAUUCAUGGAGUUCUUUUAUGUGAAGGAGAAGACAUUGAUCCAUCACUUUAUGAUAGUGAUGAAUUAUCUGGAUUAUCACAAGAAGAACUUGAAGAAAUAAAAAAAUUACAUUCAAGUGACACAACAAUUGAUAGAGAAAAAGAUUCAAUUGAAUUAGCACUUGCAAAACUAUGUCUUGAGAGGAAUAUACCUUAUUUGGGAAUUUGUAGAGGUUCACAAGUCCUUAAUGUUGCUUGUGGUGGCACCCUUUAUCAAGAUUUAGAGAAAGAAUUGUCCAAGAAUUAUCAAACGUUAUCUCGUUCAGACUCACCAGAAAUGUCAUCGUUGAUGUUGCACCCUUGUCUUAUUGGAGAAUCAGACAUGAACCCGUCAGGGUUAUUGAAGUGUUUAAACACCAUAGAGAAAGAAUUGUCCAAGGAUUGCAAAAACCUAUGCUGCUCAGACUCUUCAGAAAUGUCAUCGACAAUAUUGAAGUCAUGUCCGAGUGAUAUAGAGAAAGAAUUGUCUAAAACUUGCAAAAAAAUACGUUGCUCUAACUCUUCAGAAAUGUCAUACAUGCAACCAUCGACAAUAUUGAAGUCAUGUCCGAGUAAUAUAGAGAAAGAAUUGUCUAACAAUUGCCAGAAGCUAUGUUGCUCGAACACUUCAGAAAUGUUGUCACAUCCGUCAACAUUGAAGAGUCAAAGUCAGAGCGACAUAGGUAAAAAGUAUGAAAAAGUUGUACAUAUGAACUAUGAAAACUAUGAUGGACAUAGACAUGUGGUGAAAAUAGUUGAAAAUACACCAUUACACAAAUGGUUUAAAGAGUCAUUAGAAGAUGAUAAUGAUGAUGAAAAAAUGGAGAUUUGGGUUAAUAGUUAUCAUCAUCAAGGAGUUAAGAGAUUAGCACAAAGAUUUGUGCCAAUGGCAUUUGCUAAUGAUGGAUUAAUUGAAGGUUUUUAUGAUCCAGAUGCAUAUAAUCCUCAAGAAGGUAAAUUUAUUAUGGGAUUACAAUUUCAUCCUGAACGUAUGCGUGGACAAGAUAAUGGUGAUUUUGAUUAUCCAGGAUGUGCUAUGGCUUACCAGGUACUUAAUUAAACUCUCAACUUGCUAAUUAAUUUUAUCGAGUUCAGAUAUCUUGAGUUUGAGUCCUAGGAAUGGUGACAAUUUGUCGCAAUCCAAGCUCAUGUUAUGCGUGUUUUUGGGCUCGAUGAUGGUGUAGUUUAUACGUGUCAUGCAUGAGCUUGAGUGCUGACAAAUCUGUG